GUUUUUGUUUGAUAUUGAGAUAAAGAAAACAAAAAAGAAAGUGCGAUAUUAUCAUACCUAUCGCGUCUUUAAUUUGGCACCACUGAUAUUAUACGACUAUUUUGAAGCGUGAUUCUUGUCGUGCAAUACAAGACCUUUGUGUUCUUACCAAAUAUAGCAGUAUAAAAAUUAUUGCGUAUUUUUACCUACAAUGAGUAAACGUAAAAAUCCUUCGGGAACGGACAACUUAAAUGGGGACUUCUGCGACUUCUUGAUGGAAUUAGCAGACUUUGAAAAAAAUGUUAGUCGGAACAUACACAAGUACAAUGCCUACAGGAAAGCAGCAAGUGUUCUAGCUUCUCACAGCAAGAGAAUAGAAUCCGGAGAUGAGGCCAAAAAAUUGAACGGAAUUGGUGAAAAAAUUUCAAAGAAAAUCGAUGAAUUUAUACAAACCGGAAAACUGCAGAAGCUUGAAAAUAUCCAUCAUGAUGAGGAAGCUCAAUCCAUCAGUUUACUUACGCGAGUUUCAGGAAUAGGUCCCGUGAAAGCAGCUGACUUAGUAAAGAGCGGAAUUAAAACUAUAGAAGAUCUCAGAAAUAACCAGAACAAAUUAAACCAUCAUCAACUGAUUGGUCUAAAAUAUUUUGAAGAUUUUGAAAAGAAGAUACCAAGAUCGGAGGUAAAAGAAAUUGAAACAAAUUUGAGAGCCAACAUUUUGCAACUAGAUCCUCAAUUCACCGUGACAAUUUGUGGCAGUUACAGGCGCGGCAAGCAGGAAAGCGGUGAUAUAGACGCGCUCGUUACCCACCCUUCUGUGGUAGCGGAUAGUAAGAAGAAACACAACGAACAACUGCUCAGGAACAUAGUGGAUGCCUUGACCGGAUUGGUCACUGACACUAUUUCUAUGGGAGACACUAAAUUCAUGGGUGUAUGUCGACUACCAGACCUACCGGCGCGCCGCCUUGACAUCAGACUAGUCCCACCCGCGCAGUACCACUGCGCCGUGCUGUACUUCACGGGCAGCGACGUGUUCAACAAGCAGAUGCGUGCUCACGCACUCGAGAAGGGGUUCACGCUCAACGAGUACUCGCUGAGACCGGUGGGAGUUACAGGUGUGCCUGGUGAACCAGUGCCGGUAUCUUCAGAAGAAGACAUAUUCGAGUACAUUGACUACCCUUACAAGAAACCCGAGGAUCGCAACAUGUAAGCGGUCAUCACACCGUCGGCCGCCG